UAGCGGACUGCCGCAUUGUACGGACGUGAGUUCAGGAGAGAAGCGGAUCGCCGGAACAAGGCGAAUACGCCGUAAAACGGAAGGAGCCAGGAGAGAGAAAUAAAAAGAAAGAGACGCAGUAUCGCAAGCGCACUUGUGCGAGCGCGAAUACGUGUAUGAAGUUUUCCAGUUCGAUCCACCGGACGUAACUUGGUCGUCGUCGCACGUCAACGUUGUCAACGCGAAUCAACAUCGAUCGCGACAUCGAUCACGGAGCGGAAUUGUGCGAUCGCGAUUCGACAGCGAGAAUCCUAAGCGAGAAAUUCGCAGGCAAGAUCUGCUGACACUGUCGGUGUAAAGAUUGGCCUUUUCUCUCACUCUUGCGUGGCCGACGUGUUAGAACUUUCGAGAAAGCGACGGAGAGAGAGAGGCAGAGAUUGAGGGAAAAAGGUAGGGACGAGCCCAGGGCGACGACGUUUGAAACUGAGACGGGACAGUAAAAACCAGAGACGAGAUGGCGUUUAUGAUGCCUGUGGUGAAAAACGAAUGGGACAUUUACAAGACUAAUCGGAGUCGACGAUCGUCCGAGUGCUCAAAUCCGCAGGCCUGUCGUAGCCGAAAGGUCUGGCGAACCAGCAGACACAGCCGUCUUGCGAAGUGCGGCGCGUCUGAUCCUCCUGUCUCGAUUCUCAUGGUAUCCGAAUGUUCCAAGUCGGAGGGUCCGUCGUUGUCGACCUCCCCCGGUUCCGACUUUCUCACCUCGCCGGCGCAUCGGUCCGUGCCGCUGACCUCGCGGCACUUCUCGAGGACGUCCUCGAGGGCGUCGCAGAGCUCGCUCCAGAGCCCGAGCAAGAGCACGGGCACGUCGCCGCCGAAGACCGGCAGCUCAAGCUCCCUGAACAAGUUCCACAACCGGCUGGUGGACAAGCUGAAGCGGUCGCUGAAGAAGGCGGAGGAUUGCGCGGAGGAUCAACGGAACCUAUCGUGAAACAGUCAAGGGGUUUUGGGCCGGCCGCCCGCGUCCGGCUCGAAACCGAUCGAGAUCCGACGCACAUCGGCACCCGUUCCCGCAUCCGAAUCGAGCAGCAACGUGGCGGCACGCUCGUGUCCGGAUCCGCCUUCAGCUUGGUAAGGGAGAAAGAGAUGAUAUAAUGACGGAGGAAACGAGAGCAACGGGGAACAUGUGCGAAUACGUGUGCGAAGAAGAGAAAGAUCGAAGGAGGAAGAGAGAGAGAGAAAGAGAGAAGAAAAAAUGCACGGAUGUGCGAAGGAAGAGAGAGAGGGAGUUCGCACACGUUCAGCUCGAAAAGCGAGCACGCUCAAGUUUGUUAGCCCAGCACGAGUUCGGAAGAGGAGGAGGAAGAGGAGAGAGAAGAAGAGGAUGGUUGAAUGAUCCUCGAGCCGUUGUUCGGCUCGCUGGAUGUCGACAGUCGAUUGUGUCAAGAAUUCUCACGGAUCGAGAGACCUCGAUCGAACGAUCGGACGACGGCAGGUCUCGGUGAAGCGCCACUUGAGGACGAAGAAGAGCUGCUUGGGACGUUCCCCGCAACAUUUUUUAAGACGACACAUCCAGUUCAAUCAACAUCGAUAACGUCGACGUAUAAAGGCUAAAACAAUAUCGAUGAGCCAAUAACAAUAUAGCGCAAAAAAGAUCUGAUCUACAGGUUCUCCUGGAUACAUUUGAGAAUCUGUUUAAGAUGGCGCGAGAAAGAGUCGAAGCACAAGGGAACGGAAAGGAGCUGGGAGGAGAGACACCGGGAUGGCAACCGAUCGGUCGAUCGAUUGAGGAUUUCGGGGAAUUAUUGAAGAUUAUCGAAAGUCAAAGGAGAGUUUACACUCACAAUCGUGAAGGAUGGGAGGAGUCGGCGACGGAGGAAGCGAGGUACAUAAUGAUAGGAAAAAAAAAACAGGAAUUAACAGUAUCGAGAUCGCAUGUAUCGCGAAUGUCUCGCACGUCGCGGGGGAGGGGGGGGGCGCUCGCGGGUCAAGCGGUUAUACGGAAUAGUCACUUGAGUUUGCCAGACCUAAAAUGUUAAGUUCCUUCAUCGCGCGUGCGCGCGCGCGCGAUCUCUCGCGUCUCUAUACGUUGUUCUUUUCCUAACGUAGGACGAUCGGGAACGAAGAUCGAAGAGAGGAAAAGAGACAUUCAGCGGGCGCGAAGGUGUGUUUCCGGUUUCCGUGGAGGGAAAAAUAACACCUGAAGAACGUCGUUGAAGAUGCCCGAAAGAAAGAAAAAAUCUGGUAUAACAAUCUGAUACAAAAUUUGGUAUAAACUGAUAUGAAAAAAAAAAAAAAAGAAACCGUUUUCUUCUCCGAUGUCUUGAAUGUUCCUCUAAACCUCCCACUCUUAAUCUUUCCGGCAUCUUUCGGAGUGCAGGCUUUUUUUUUAGGCAUCCUUUUCAAUGCGGAUGCGUUUAUUAUUUCUUCGCCAAAUUAUUCUCGCGUGGAACACGUUAACCGUGGAAAACGGGAACCGCGUAUCUCCAAUCGUAACAUCUAAUUAACUUUCUCGCAACCUAGACUGAAAAAGCGUUCUCUAAUCAGUACGUCACGCGAAACCGUUUUAAAGAUAUAGAAGCGCUCGUACUCUUGGCGCGCGCGUCUAAGUUGCACGACUCUGUUCGGUUCUCUGUGGUUGCGUUAUUUAUUUUGCUUAUAAUUAAUACGCGAAGUAUAUAUGUAUAUUCGGGCGUAUGUGAAACAAGGACAGAGUCGACGCGCGAUGCGGCGCGGUGAGAAUACGGGCCACAACCGUCGUGCGGAGAGAGUCGCAUGUAGCGUAAGAAGCGCCGCGAAAAAAAUGCCGUUUUUAUCGGUACCGUCAAACAGUAGCGGCGAGGCUCAUUCGUUGUUGUUCGGAUUAGGUACGGAGUUUGCGUGCCGGAAGCAGCAACGGCAGUUUCUCGCCUUUGCGGGAGCGGAUUCCGUCGUGCCAGAGGGAAGGGGAUACUGUACGUAUAUAUGUGCGUGUAAAUUCAGGCACCGAGUAUUGCGCACUUUCGGAUCGGAUCCACCGCGAGCGUGCGAAGCCUAAGGGAACCGAUUUAUCUUCACGUGUAUAACAUAAAUUUAUAUUUCUCCCGUUCGACGGCAAAAUUAUAUCGCACUUAUGUAUCCUCGCGUUAUAUAAAGCGUUUCGCUCCGCGCUCCCCUUCGGGAAACCUUCACCGGAUAAAAUCUCGCGGUGGAAUAAAUGUGGACUACGAGGAGGAGCAUCUUUCGCGUAGAGCUGAUGCGUCGAGUAACGUGCAUUGACGUCUGAAAAAUAGUCUCGAGAGUAUUAAAAGAUGCAAGUACCAUCGCACGGAGUAGACUUUGAGAUGAUUGCAUAUUCUGCGAAUAAAUAAAUCGGCUCGAGGCACUUGAUUGCGAUCGACAUUUUAAAAAUUUCCUCAGUUGACGUUUCGAGCAUUAAUUUCUCGCGACUGUUUUUCUCAGAAAAUAAAAAACGUAUCGAACAACUAUUGACUCUGAGAUUGCAUAUCAGCUUAUCGAACGAUAUAUAUUGCUGUUUCCGCCGCGUUUAUAUCGCGGUACGCGAUACGAUAGCGCCGAAGUGCACGGCGCGGCCUAUGGGGAAGCAUGACAGAUAUGCAUCCGGUUGCCAUUAACGACGCAUUCCGCGGCGUAUACGUGUGUCGCAUUGUAAUUAAAAGGCGUGAUUCGCGGGCGCUAUCGUGUUGUGUCCCCCACGUGUAGAUUUCCGCUCCUCUGAAAAUCGCGCGCGGGCCGGGCGAAGAUAUUUUUUUAGACGAAUUUUCGCCACACUCGCCGUCGCACGCCAUCGAAGAUAUGUAAGACAACGUUCUUUUCUCCCGAGCGUAUUUUCUCGCGCGCCCGAGUUACUCGUAUUUGUUGUUUCGCGUCCUCGCUACGGAGCGCUUGUUAAUUUUUUCACAUGUAAUAUAUAUAUAAUAUAUAUAUAUAUAUCUAUAUAGUGUUUAUUGUGUGUUUCGCGUUACAAGUCGAAUCGGUCGGAGAUAAGGAGGUAUGGGAGGGCGAUGUGUGUGCCCUUUGCCAGAUCACAUGUGCAAAGGACUUCGAGUGUUACGAGGAAGGUGCGCUACUUUCGUCAUGAGAGAUUUCUCUCUCGAGAGAUACAUCUCCUUUUUCUCCGGUGUCAUUCCAAAAAGAUACUUUUUUUACACAACUUUAAUAAACGGGAAAAGUUUCGUUUCUUUUGCGUUGGUUAAUUAAUUGAAUAGAGAUUUUUUGAGGAUUUUUUUCGUUGAAAUAUAUUUUGUGAAAUAUAUAUUUUGCAGUUUCUGUUUUCACUUAUUUUCAAAUAAUUACAUAUAAUUAAUAGUCCUUUCUAAUCAUAGAACUAGCUAUAGUAUAGAAAGAAGAAUAUUUACUUAAUUGAUGUGAAGUGAUAAAUAUAUGUGUAUACACGAAUUUCCUCCUAUUGAUGAUAGUAAUAAUAUCAUUCAUUAAUGGAAUAAACUAAAAUAUGAAGUUUAUAAAUUAAAUUUUUAAAUUAAUAAUAAAUAAUAUUAAUGAUCAUUGACGAAUUAAUAAUUAAUGAUAAAUGGAUAAAUAAAGUCAACUGACAAAUUUCAUCAGUUAGAAGAGGUGCAACAAAUAUCGAGUAAGACAUAUCGAAUAAACGCAAGAAUUGUAUUUUGAAAAAGAUUUUUAUUGUGAAAAUUUUAGCUAUUAUAUGAAUUUUGAUUCAACUUUUUUCCGCGAUUAAACGAUAAAGUUAAAUUCGUUUCAUCCUUGCAAGACUGUGGCUAACACUCGAUGUUCUUCGCGUCCGUUUUACAGAUGCUCUGAUUUCUCCCCGCGAUGGGCAUAAUUUGCAUGCUUUCUUUCUAUCGGUUGCGUAUCCGCGAUUACGAACUGGGAGCAAUUAAGCGAUGCCGCGUGUAAUUCUGUGAUACCGUAAGCUAUAAGGUAGAAUUACUCUGCAACGAUUAACGGGUUAGAAGGCGAAUAUAGUUAGGACGAGAUUCGUACGAAUGCGCUUCGAUUCUUCAUUGAUCGCGAACCCGCGUUCUUUGAAAUAACGUGUUUUUUUUUGUCGGGCUGAACAACAUGAUGUUCCAGUAGAGUGGAGAUCUUCGAUAAAUUUUUUUUAAGGAAGAGAAAGAGCGUUCGUUGCUUUGAGACUUUUUCGAGAAAGACGAAGGAAUUCUGGCGCACGAGCAUUUGAAGUCGUUUAACGUCCGUCUUAACGUGUACAUAAUAUUAAGAGUCUGAAACGCCGAAAGCGUCCAUCGAUUACAAUUUGUCUGAAGGAAAGUGACUAUGGAAGUAAUUUAUUUUCGGAAUUGCAAACAGAUUUUAAAAGUUACGAUUCCGCUCGGUAUAACGGACUCAAUUCGAUUUGCUCCAAGAGAAGUGAAAUCUCUGAAAUUCAUUAUAAUGUAAGAAGGAACGGAUUAACAUGCAUCGAUUCGCGCUUUCGGACUCACGUCGGAUUUAAGAGAAAGCUUAGUCGGUAGACAUCACGCGGAAAAUUUUGAAAAUUUGCGUAGCUCAACCUGCAUUUCUCUCUUCGGGCAGGGGAAUGAAGAUGAAGAAAAGGGGGAGAGGGUGAGAAAGAGAGUGAGAGACGAAGAAAAAGAAAAGAGGGAAGAUUAUUUGCGUACGUCAGUCGGCGUGAUAAAGCAAAUUGGGGAAUAAUUUUGCGUACGGAGACGAGUAAUUUCCAAAAGUUGCCGCUUUAUUGUAAGACUGCUUUAGUGAAACAAAAAAACCGCAGAGACAAAAAGUAUAAGUAUUUGAUAAGUAUAGGGCGAUGCGCCGUGGUGCUGGGCGAAGCAUUGGGAACACGCGAUGCUCGAUGGAAUUGUAUUAAAUUUAAUUCGCUUAUAUAUAUUGCAGAUAUGUUAUAUAUAUUUAUAUAUAAAUAAUAUGCCUUCCGUAAUGUCACAUUAAGUUCACAUUAAUUAUGUGAUUUGAAAGCUGAAUUUUUUUUUAUUUUUAAGUUUGAAGCUUUUUGGCGCUUGGAUCUGCUGUGACAAAUUGGACGAUAUAAUUGACUUUAUUACUUAUAUAUCUUUCAUGUAGAUAUAUAAUUUUGUUUCUCACUUACAUUUGGUAUCUUAAUACUUCUUAUUAUUUUCGUAUCGUUCAAAUCGGUACUGCCAUUGGUGUCAACUAGCUGAGGACACCGCGAUCGAACUGCGUGCGCGCGUUCCCAAAGGUUUCGCCGGUCGAUUCGUACUGAUUAGAAAAAAGGUGUUAUUAGAGUUUAGAAAUUGAUGAGAUAUAAAAUAUAUACGAUUUUAUUCAUUACGGCGGCCUCGGACCGCGGAGUAAACGGGGAUUGGGACUUUUCUUCGCUCUUGAUAAACCAUGCAUUGAAUUUCAUAUUAAACGGCAUAUAAACGUGUACGGUCCUUGCUUUGAUUUAAGUUGUUUAUGGAAAAAGAUAUAUUUUUUUUGUUUAACGCCACGAUCUCUCGAUCCACUUUCAUUCUACGGUCGCAAUGCGAUUGCAAAGCUAUACACGUGCAGAGAUAUAUGUAUACACAUAUAUAUAAAAUAAAUAAUAUAUAUGCAUGCAUAUGCGUAAUAUAUAUGUAUAUGUAUAUAUUAUUUAUUACGCGACGACUUGACUAUUUUUUGUAUUAUUACUACUGUUUUAUGGUUAUUUGUUAUACUUCACUCGGGACAUUUGGAGCGGAUUUUUAGCGCGUGUUUGAGGAGAAACCUUUGCAAGUAUAUAUAGAGCGAGAAACGUUUCCGCGCAGUUUUCUCUUUGCAACAAAUCAAUCCUUUCAGCAAAGGUCAAUACGAUAUCAAAAAUCGCCGUAUUGGAAAUUAUACUUCCGGCAAUACGCAACGCGGAAGGGGAUUAUUAAUUUCCCGAGACAGUCGAAUCUAAAUUAUUUGUAUUUUAUUCUGAAGUACUUCAUUAAAACGAAGAAUAAUUUGCCUCGAGAAAAGAAAAAGAAGAUUCGUUUCUCGCAAAAGGUAAUACUUGUUAUUUCGACGAAGUACAACGUCGUCGCCGACCGCUUAGGUACUUUCUCCUCAAUCACGAUGAUUGAAUAUCACUGCCAAAAGCCCACGAUUAUUAAUAAAGCAAGAGAGUGAAAAAAAAGUAGCGUAGAGCGGCGGAACCCGAUAGGAUCCCCGCUAUUCACGUAGCGGCGCGCCCGGAUCAAGCCGUCUUCAUCUGAUUCUCCCCUUCACUCAUAUACACUAUCCUCUCGAGUCUAUACAUUGACAUAUUUAUUUUUCGACGGAUAGCGGCUUUCGCGUUGUUGAGGGAAAUUUCCCAGUCGCUCUUCUUUUUUUCCCGUGGGACUUUAGCGCCGACGACGAUUAUCAUCUUCUGGAAUCUAUCUAGUUUUUUUCUCUGAGUUUUUUUGCUGCGUGCAUACGGCCGUGGAAUGAUUGUAGAGUAAACGAUGUAAAGAGGAGACUUCUGAACGAAUUAAUAUUUACGAAGCCACGAUUCUGACAUUUUUCCUCAGGCAGAUAAAAAUUUCGAAGAAAAUCCUCGCAGUAAGUCUUAGUACAAGUUGGAACACAGGAUUAUAGUGCAGCGGGGCACUCUGCAGUGACUCCUGCACGUGUAUAAGUUACGUUGGCGUACAAAUCGAAAAUCAAUAAUAACCCUGUUCUUUGCUACUUAUUGAUUCAGACCUUAUUCUCGGCUUUAUUAUUAACGCUGUUAGUCUCAGUAAGGCUCUUUUUUUGCGAGAUACCUGUGUUCUCACAAUCAGUGUUACACGAGAUAUAAAGUUUCAAUUUGACGAUUCUAAAGAAAGAUUUGAUUGCGAGGAAGCUUAGGCACGAAAUCGGAAUUCAGAUGAAAAGUCACUUUCGCGAGGAUGGAGAUUUGUCGUAUCGUCGUCGAGCUCGCUAAUUGUUCGUGAAUUUCGAAGAGAAAUGCGAGCGAAAAUAAGAAGAUGGGUGCACAUUCCAUGCGUAAUGAUUAUACAUGCAUGUAUAAAGUAAUCAUCUGUUAGAGUUUGAUAGAGAGUUCACACACAUACACACGACAAACAAACGUACACAUACCCACACACGAAACAUGCGCACGUGUGCGCCAUACUGCACUGGAAAAUUAUAAAUGAAUAAUAUAACUAAAAUUUUUGAAGCUUACAAAUAGACCUCGGUUUAUCAUUAUUAUGUAUAUCGUGAUUUUUAUGUCAUGUUCAAUAAAUGAGUUUUUAAACUGCUUA